GCGGGCACAGAGGGGGUCGGGGGGGUGUUCCUUCCCGUCCGGCCCGGCCUGAGCGGGGCGAGCGGCUGGGCCCGGCGCUCAGCGGAGCCGCCGCCGCCAUGUUCCGCCGCAAGCUCUCGGCGCUCGACUACCACAACCCGGCCGGCUUCAACUGCAGGGAUGAAACAGAAUUCAGGAAUUUUAUUGUCUGGCUUGAAGACCAGAAAAUCAGACACUACAAGAUCGAAGACCGAGGGAAUUUAAGAAACAUACACAGUGAUGACUGGCCCAAAUCGUUUGAAAAGUAUAUGAAAGAUGUAAACUGUCCUUUCAAAAUGCAAGAGCGACAAGAAACAGUGGACUGGCUUCUCGGCUUAGCGGUUAGGCUCGAGUAUGGAGAUAAUGCUGAUAAGUACAAGGAUUCUACCCCUGAUGGUGCUAAAAAUACUGACAAUACAGCAAAAAACGCAGAACCGCUGAUUAACUUGGAUGUGAAUAAUCCUGAUUUCAAGGCUGGAGUGAUGGCUUUAGCUAAUCUGCUCCAAAUUCAGCGACACGAUGAUUACUUGGUGAUGCUUAAGGCAAUUCGCAUUUUGGUUCAAGAGCGCUUGACGCAGGACGCCAUCGCGAAGGCCAGUCAGUCCAAGGAGGGUUUGCCUGUUGCUUUAGAAAAGCACAUUCUUGGUUUUGACACAGGAGACGCUGUUCUCAAUGAAGCUGCCCAGAUCCUCCGACUGCUGCAUAUAGAGGAGCUCCGAGAGCUGCAAACAAAAAUUAACGAAGCGAUUGUAGCAGUGCAGGCGAUUAUUGCUGACCCCAAGACGGACCACAGACUGGGGAAAGUCGGGAGAUGAACAGAGAAAAGCUUUGUCUCUUGUGUGCUUAGUACAGUUAGGAACCAUGUACAACUCCGUACAACUCUGGCAUGCAGUUUGAAAUGGUAUUAUUUUACUGUUUUAAAAGAAAACAGGAAAUUGAAUUCUGACUUCUAAUGAAUUAUCAUUUUUCUUUAAAUAAACAAAGCUGGGGAAAAUAGACAA